AAAUCUCGCAGCGCUCAGGGGCCCGAAUAUCACACAAGCUUCCCCACUCGAGGGAAAGGAGACAAAGCAAAAAGGAGGGGUCAAUUGGGCGCAACGAUUCUCAGGGUCCUUUGCCCGCUGUUGCCCAGCACACCGCCUGUGGCACCCAAGUUUACCGACCCGAACGCCCAACCCCCACUCCCGCCAAUUCCCGAACAACUCCCUCCAUCCUCCCCAACAAACCCAACUUGCUCUUUGUUACAACACUGUACCUAGUUGAAGUCUCUCAAGCAAGAGGAAAAGAAAACAAACAACCCGCAAACAACAUGGCGCAAAAAACUACUCUCGAGGCCUUCGAGGCCGUCUUCCCGAAACUGGAGGAGGUGCUCGUCGAGCAUGCCCAGUCCUACAAGCUUCCGGCACAGGCUGUUGAGUGGUACAAGAACUCCCUCAAGACCAACGCCGUCGGCGGCAAAUGCAACCGCGGCAUGUCGGUGCCGGACUCGGUGUCGCUGCUGCUCGGGCGGGCGCUGACGGAGGACGAGUACUUCCAGGCGGCGACGCUGGGGUGGAUGACGGAGCUGCUGCAGGCCUUCUUCCUGGUGUCGGACGACAUCAUGGACAGCAGCAUCACGCGGCGCGGCAAGCCGUGCUGGUACCGGCAGGAGGGCGUGGGCAUGAUCGCCAUCAACGACGCCUUCAUGCUCGAGGCGGCCAUCUACACGCUGCUCAAGAAGUUCUUCCGCGGCCACCCGCGCUACGUCGACCUGCUCGAGCUGUUCCACGAGGUGACGUACCAGACCGAGAUCGGCCAGCUGUGCGACCUGCUCACCGCGCCCGAGGACGUGGUCGACCUGGACAACUUCAGCAUGGAGAAGUACCGCUUCAUCGUGGUCUACAAGACGGCCUACUACAGCUUCUACCUGCCCGUGGCCCUGGCCCUGUACAUGCUCGACAUCGCCACCCCCGAGAACCUCAAGCAGGCCGAGGACAUCCUGAUCCCGCUGGGCGAGUACUUCCAGAUCCAGGACGACUACCUCGACAACUUCGGCCUGCCCGAGCACAUCGGCAAGAUCGGCACCGACAUCAUGGACAACAAGUGCUCGUGGCUGGUCAACCAGGCCCUGGCCAUCGUGACCCCGGAGCAGCGCCGCGUGCUCGAGGAGAACUACGGCCGCAAGGACAAGGACAAGGAGGCCGUCAUCAAGAGGCUGUACAACGAGCUCAACCUGGAGCAGCGCUACAAGGACUACGAGGAGAGGGCCGUCGGCGAGGUCCGCGCCCUGAUUGCCAAGAUCGACGAGUCCAAGGGCAUGAGGAAGAGCGUGUUUGAGGCCUUCCUCGGCAAGAUCUACAAGCGCACCAAGUAAACUGAUUGCUGGCUGCGUCUUGAGGGGAAGGAGAAAACCCGAGGUUUUAGAUCCCCGACCAUUCUACUGCAGAUUCAACACCCACUAAUACCCAUUUCGUAAUCGUAGUUAGAGAAAAAACAAAGAGAGCUACAGAGUAGACUGGGGAACGAAUCAAGAAAUGAAGCGGCCCGUGUAUUCGACCGUGAAUCCAAAUAGCUACAAGUAACCAUACAUCGCUGAAACCAGAUGUUUUGCCCGAUCCCCUUGUUUUUUCGAGACCACUCGUCAUACCGGUUCGUAACGUCAUUCCCCAACACCGCAUCCACGCCAUGAGCGUGGGAGAAGAGCAGCCAAAAACACAACAGGCUACGCCAGGAGCCGAAUCGAAGCGAAACGAAGCAGAGUAACACAAACAAACGAAACAUCCCCCUCAAUACCCCCUCCUCUCCCU